UUUAUCUUUUCGCCAUUGCUCGGGCGGCGUCCAUUUUGUACGCCAUAUUGAAUUUGGUCGGACAUCUUUGACGCCAUGUUUAGUCGGACAUAUUUUAUAAACAUUUUCGCGUAAAUUUCAAAUAUUUUUGAGCCUAAAUAUCGAACUUUUUUUCACUGAAGUCUGGGGGAUAGAUAGGGGCGAAGAUUACUCGGAAAAAUUCCGUACCUACGCAGCAGUCCAAAUUUGUCUCCAAGUGGCCGUGCAGCUUUUGUUAUAAGAUAAAUAAAGGGCGCGGUUCACCAUGAUGAACCAGGAGAUCAUGUGUGAGGUGGAGAUAGGCACGCACGGCGGCAUAGAGAUAGAUGGCGACGAUCAGGUCGGCGUCAAGUAUGAAGAAAUAGAAGCCGGCCAGUAUGAAGAGUAUAUAACUGACGAUCAGUAUGAGGAGGUGGAGGAACAGGUGAUCAGCAUGCAUCACCUGGAGGAAGUCGGCAGCGAGGAGGUGAUCCUGCCGGGGAUGUCCGGGGAGGAGGUCCUGGCUGCCAGCGACUCUUACGAUCCGGUGUAUGCUACUCCGCCUUCCACUAGCAAUAAUAACAGAGGUCGCGGCAGGCCCGCGGUCAAAGCCAACAAUACAAACAAUGUUCAUCAUCUUAUGCCUAUUGGCGAAGUGCCCAUGGGCCUCAUGGAGGGCGUCAGCGGAGGCCGAGGGACGGCGCGGCGCUGGGAGCAGAAGCAGGUGCAGAUCAAGACCAUGGAGGGAGAGUUCAGCGUCACCAUGUGGGCCACGGGGGAGGAUGACGAUGACGGUUCCAACCCCGAGCCAGAUCCCGACUACACGGAGUACAUGACCGGCAAGAAGACAAUACUGGGCAACGAGACAAUGCCAGGUUUAGACUUAUCAGACCCCAAGCAGUUGGCGGAGUUCGCACGGCCCGGCCACAAGAUCAGGCUAAAGAAACCCUCCCCCGAAUCAUCGGACAGAACUAUAGCGUGUCCACACAAAGGCUGCACGAAAAUGUUCAGAGACAACUCGGCGAUGAGGAAGCAUCUGCACACGCACGGGCCGCGCGUACACGUGUGCGCGGAGUGUGGUAAAGCGUUUGUAGAAAGUUCAAAGCUAAAAAGGCACCAGCUGGUGCACACCGGGGAGAAACCGUUCCAGUGCACCUUCGAGGGCUGCGGGAAGAGGUUCUCACUCGAUUUUAAUUUAAGAACACACGUUCGGAUCCACACGGGCGACCGGCCCUACGUGUGUCCGUUCGACGGCUGCAACAAAAAGUUCGCGCAGAGCACCAACCUCAAGUCACACAUACUCACACACGCGAAGGCCAAAUCAAGAAACUCGCUAUCUCGCAACGGCGGCGGUUCGUACGAGUCGGCGCGAACGACGCCCCAGUUCGUGCAACUCGAGAUGUCUCCUGACGACUCCAACCACCAGCUCAUCUUCUACACUCACGAGUGAACAUUGUGAAACGGUGUCAUGAGUGAACUGAACGGUGUCAUAAGUGAGUUUAGUGGACAACCAUCACUCAUGCCAUAGAGAAAUAUAGUAAGACAAGUGUGCUCACUCCAUACAUCAAUUUUGGUACCAAAAAGAAUAUUAUUUUCAUAGUUGACAUAAACAUUGAGUAGCAGAAUUAUCAGCGCGGCUCAACAACAUAAGACUUUCCAGUCGGUGCUACUAUUGUCACUUGACAGUACUACUACUGCUACUUAAAGUAGUGAUAAUUUCGCUACUCGAUGCUAGAUGUCGACUAUGAAAAUAAUAGUCUUUUUGGUACCAAGACUGAUGUAUGUAGUGAGCAAUCUAUGUAUUUUUUUUUCUCUAUGACAUUGUGAAACGGUGUCAUUGAAACGGUGUCAUGAGUGAACUUAGAGUGGACCAUCACUCAUGCGUAGUGAACAAAGUGACUGGUGAAGUGAAUUGAACUCAAUGCGAGUCAAUGUGGAGUGAUAGUGAAUGUAGGUUGAAGAUAGUGAAAUGUUGAGGGGAAAGUCUGAGGAUAGUGAAUUUGCAAGAACUGCAAGAUAUCAGUGUUUGUAAAGUUGUCAUGGAACAGUUAAAAACUGGACAAGUGCGAGUCGGAGUCGCCCACUGAGGGUUCCGUACUUUUAUUUAAAUACCUAAAGAUACAAAGCCACAAGGUAUUACUGGACCAUGUUAACUUUACAAGCUUAUGUCGCAAAAGGUACACCUAUGUCAGAAUGGUACCUUUUGUUCGAAACAGUCACAUGAAGUUAGAAAAUUAUGACAAAUUUGAGACCAAGUCCCCGGGAAAGUUGGUAUGAAUUUUGCAAAUCAUUGCAAGUGUGAUAAAAUAAAAAACUAAAUAGUAUAUAGACUAUGGAAUGAAGGGAGUUUUUACACUACAAUUACUUAGUUUUAUGAAGUAAAUAAACAUUGGAUUUAAACAGUUUAAACCAAAGUUUCAAAUAGAUUAAAAUUUAAUUUCUGUAAGCAUAUAAUUCUGAUAUGUUUCCGUAGCUUUUAAGGUGCUGGGAUGACUUCUAGAACGGGGUGUUUUUGAGAACCGGAAAUAUACAGUAGAAUCACUGUAUUUUAAUAUCAUACCAAGACAGGGCCAAAGUAUUGUGCUAUUCAAUUAGUAGCUAGAUAUUUUAUUAUUGUUUUAUGUUAUUUCUAGUCAGAAUAAUGAGCUAUUUCGAUCCUUACAGCAGAAAAGGAGUGUUUCAUUCUGUUACUAUUUUUUAACAAAUUUGUAACGGAAUGGCAAGAUCGAGAAAUAUUAAGAAAUUUUGGGACACUUCUCCUAAGAUCGAAAGAGCUCUUAAUUCAGACUAGAAAUAUCAACAUUUCCGAAAUUUAAACUAAAUGGCCCUUUUUACAAAAACUACCCUGUAUCUGAACUUGUCCCAACGCACCUCGGCUUGAUCUCAUAUUAUUUUACUGUUGAUCAUCAUUUACUCUGAUCUAUUUGUGACGUUCCAUGGAAAAGGUACCUUAUGGCGGGUGGCGCUUACGUCGCAAAGCGCCGCAACAAUAUUGGAGCGGUGUUAAUAAUAGCGUAAGCGCCAACCGCCAUAAGGUACCUUUACCCGUGGGACGUCACAUUUGUCCUUAACUUUUAUCAAUUAUAUUGUAAUCACCAUAGAGUCAGAAAGGGUGAUAUUCCACCUGUCAAAUAUUUGAUCAAAAGUGCAUUGCGUCUCACUCUCACUUUAAGCAAAAAUGUGAGACGCAAAGCACAUUUGAUCAAACAUCGGACAGGUGGAACACCACCUUAAGCUAACUUUGCAUUGAUUUGGACAGAACAAAGUGAGGCAGUGUCAUUAAAAACGUCAUAUUUUCGUAGAAAUAUGACAUUGACACACUUUGACAUUACAAAUGCCAUGCAGAGUUAGAUUGGUCUUACUCUAUUUUAUUAUUGGUGCUAUAAUUAUUUGAUUAGAGUAUAAUGAUGGUUUCAAUAAAAUAUUAAUUUGAUCAUGAUCAGAUAGGGUAAUUCGUCAAUUACUGGCCACUUAUUGAACAUUAAGGGUGGCCAGUUAUUAUACUGGCCACCCUAAACUAAAUAUGAAUUCUAUUCGCCCAUAAACAAAAUUCAUUUUAGUAUAAGGUGGCUUGUUAUUAAAGGGUGGCCAGUUAUUCAAACACUAAAAAGAAUUCUGUUUAUAUAGGUGAAUAGAAUCAAUCAUUAUUAAACGGUGGCCAGUAAUUAAUGAUUUAUCCUACAUAUUUCUCAUACAAAAACCUAUCUUUAUCAAAUCUAGUGAAAGAUUAUUCUUGUAUUUUAUAACUAUAUCGAGGUCCUACUUUUUACGAAUAAAAAUAGAAAUAAAUUUUGUCUUCUAAUCAACUACUUAAUCUUAUAGGGUUAUUCUGACUAGUUAACAUCUGAGAUUAUUUUUCUCACGUGUCACCAUUGGUAAUAAAUGAGAUAAA